GUAACUGUAUCAGCAUCACUGAGAGCACCACUACGGAGACCACCACUGAGAGCACCACUACGGAGACCACCACCACCGACACAACCACCACGGAGACAACCACGACCACCACAGAGACAACCACUGAGAUGAUCACCGCCAUCCCCAUGACCACCACUCUAAACAUCACCACCACGCUGAGCAACAGCCUCCGCAGCACAAGCAACACCACAAGCUUCCAGCCCAGCAGCACCACCACCAACAGCACCGCAGUGCACACCCCUGGCAGCACUGCCACCCCCUACACCAACACCACCACAAACAGCAGCAGCUUGGUCCUCACCUUCAGCAGCACUGUGUGGCCCACCAACAUGACCAACAGCACCGCUGUGGGUCCCGUCUCUGGCACCAACACAACCAACAGCACCACUGUGGGUCCCAUCUCUGACACCAACACAACCAACAGCACCACUGUGGCUCCCAUCUCUGGCACCAACACAACCAACAGCACCACUGUGGGUCCCAUCUCUGACGCCAACACAACCAACAGCACCACUGUGGGUCCCAUCUCUGGCACCAACACAACCAACAGCACCACUGUGGGUCCCAUCUCUGACGCCAACACAACCAACAGCACCACUGUGGGUCCCAUCUCUGGCACCAACACAACCAACAGCACCACUGUGGGUCCCAUCUCUGACGCCAACACAACCAACAGCACCACUACCCCCACGGUGGCACCGGGCAACAGCGACGGUCCCAAGCCCAGCAGAGCCACCGCGGCGCAGCUGCUGCGCAGCAUCGCGCUGUCCUUCCACAUCCUCAACAGGAGCUUCAACGAGAGCCUGCGUGACCCCACGUCAGAGCAGCACAGGAGCCUGAGCCGCGCCGUGCUGGCCAUGUGGGCAGAGCUACAAGGGAUGCAGCGAGCUCCGUUUCAGUCCAUCCUCGUGUUUGGCAACACCACCAUCUCCAGCACUGCUGCUGAGCAGCAGCUGAGGAACAGCCUGGGCCCAGACGGCUUCAUCAUGGAUCUGCAGCUGGGUGACAUCCAGGGCAACGUGGAGGAGAUGUCCCCAGCACCGGUGCCUGGGGUGCCAGGCUGGGCCAUUGCUCUGCUGGUCCUGGUCUGCAUCCUGCUGCUGCUGAGCAUCCUCACCUGCCUUCUUUAUUUCAAAUAUAUAGAGGCAUGUGUGCAUGUUUGGCACCCCAUGUCCGAGUACCUGCACUACCAGAGCCAUGGGCGCUACGUGUCACCCAGCAGCAAACCCAACCCCUACAGCCAG